AUGAAAGAACCACUCAGACGUCUGCGGUACAAUGUGGCCGUGUCACUCGACGGCUUCAUCGCCCCACUGGACGGAACGACAGACUGGAUCGUGCACGACGACAGCAUUGAUCUGGACGCCCUCGACGCGCAGUUCGACACCUUCGUCAUGGGGCGUAGGACGUACGAAUGCCUCUCCGACAUGGGCGAGCUGAACCCGCUGCGUAACCACCCGCCGGAAAGCCUGGUCGUGGUCAGCAAGACGCUGAAAGGCGAGCAGCACCCGGGCGUCACGGUGGUAUCGCGGGACUUUGUCGACCGCAUCGCGGACCUCAAGAACGCCGAGGGCCGGGACAUCUGGCUCAUGGGCGGCGGGCAGCUGGCGGGGCCGUGCCUGGACGCGGGGAUCCUGGACUCGGUGGAGACGGCCAUCAUACCGGUGAUGCUGCGGAAGGGCGCGAGGAUGGUGCAGGAGUCGCCGCAAGCGACGCUGGGCGGAUUCAAGCUGGAUCUGGUGGAGUGCCGGCAGCUGGAGCCGAGCGGGAUCGUCCGGUGCAAGUACAACGUCAGUAGGCAGAUGGCCGCAUCAUUGGGAGAGGCCAUGUUUUCAUGUUGA